AGUGUUAUUGAUAUUUCGAUUUACGUCUUCGGCCGAGAGUCAAUGAUAGGGCAAAAAUGCCAGUGAUAAAGUUUUAAUUUUUAUGUAUAAUUUUAAUUUAAUUUUAUACAUGAAAAAUGAACACGAGCAAUAGAUCAUUUAUUUUGUAGUUUUUAGUUUUCUUUUUAACAAUUUGCAAAGCAAAAUUGUCAGAGCGUUUUAAAAGUCGUGUACUUUGUAGACAUCCUACAACCCCAGUAACAUAAGAUAAAAUAUGGAGCAAGUUGUAAUAAAGACUGAAGUACAAAACAAUGGAGAAAUACUAUUGUUUUAUGUUGAUGAAAAUGGGGGCACCGAACAAAGUAUUCUAACAACAGUUGAGAGUAUAGAAAAUUCAGGUAUAGAUUUACAAAAUAUCAACCCAUACGCCACUGAAGUUCAUUUUGAUGAAACUCCAUUUGAAAUAAGUCAAUCAAACAAAUUGACUUUUCCAUUAGAAAACUGGACGGAUGAAGAAAUUCAUCGACUUCUUGUCUUCUACAAUGAUAAUAAGCAAGCUUUCGUCACAGGGUCCACAAAGAGGAUCCAUCUUUGGACUAUAGCUUGUAAGACCAUGAUCUUCAACAAGACUCCGAUAUCAUGUGACCGCAAGCUUAAGUUUCUAAAGGAUUCCUAUGUUCAAGUGUGCCGAACAAGAACUCAGCAAGGAAUGUCUAUGGAAAUCAUAGAUUUAUGUCAUCAAGCAUUUGGUGAUGACCCAGAAAUACAUUCAAUAUUAAGUCAAGAAGAAAAGGUUAGGCCACAGCCAACUCGGGUUGAAGAUAGUAGUCUAGUUUUAAAAAAGUUGACCACCAACAAACCUGAACAGAAAGUGGAAAAAAUGCUACAAUUGUAUUUAAAAUAUAAAAAACAGUUUCAACAAGAACAUUAUACUAGGAGUCUUUGGGACAAUAUAGCAAUGCAAUUAGGUGAAGAUGAUGGAGUUUUUUGGCAGAAACGUUUCAUGAAUUACAAACAGCACUACAUUGGUUUAUUAGAGAAGAAAAUGCAGGGUAUUGUUGAAUUCAAUUGGCCCUAUAUGGCAUUAUAUGACAAAAUAUUUAAAGACGACAUUGAAUUUCGUAGGAAAUAUCCAUUUUCUGAUGAUUCAAACACAAGUAAUGAAACAUUAACACAACAUCACAACAUUUGGUUUGAAACCGAGAAAGUUGUUUUGAUAAAACAUCAAUACGAUUGUUUUGAUGAUUUUCAAGAUCCAAAGAUACCAAAAGGCUUUCUGUGGAACGAAAUCAGCAGAUUGUUGGACAAACCAGCUGAUCUAUGUAAAAAGAAAGUUCUGGAUCUCAAGAAGGAACAUUACAUAAAAUAUGAAGAUAACUAUGACCUAUCCAGUCGAAAACCUCUAGAAAUACUAUUAGACUAUGUUAUAUGUAAAGAUAUUGAAUGUGAAAUUAGAAAAACCAAAAACGAUUCGGACACAUUUGAGAUUUACAAGUCAGAAGAGGUCGAUGAAAUUGUACAAUUCAUAUAUGACAAUACAGAGAUAUUCAAAGAUCCAAUAUGUCAUUUUGUUUGCUUCGGAGUCAUAGCUAAAAACUUAAAAAGGAAAGUGGGUAGUGUUAAAAGAAAAUGGCAAGAACUUGUGACUUUGUAUAAAAUUAUUUUGGAAGAUAAAAAAGAAAAUCCAGAUAUGCAGAUAGAUUGGAGGUAUAUAGAGCUGUUUGAUAGGAUCUUUGCUUACGGAAUGGACACUAAAUUGCUGGAGGGUUAUGAGAAAACUGAUAAUAAUAUAAGCCAUGAUAAAAAGCAAGCAAGCAUAGAAAAAGACACGAACGGAACCGAUUAUGAAUCAAAUGAUGAGAUUAAUACAAAAAAAUCGAAACAUUUAGGAGAAUCAAAAGCAUUUAAGAUUCUGGGAUACUACCUCAAGAACAAGCUUAAAUUUCAAAAGACGACGAAUAAAAACAAGAACAGCUUAUGGAACGUUCUGGCACCGCGGCUCGGCAUUACUGCUACGCAGUGCGCACACAGAUUCCGAAAUCUAAAACAGGUUUACACAGCGUAUGUACAAAGGGAAAUAAGUAAGCCAGAAAUGCCAAUAAUGUGGCCAUAUUACACACUUUGCAAGAAAGUAUUUGGUUAUAGAGCAUUGAAAACUAAACUAAAAAAUGGCAAAAAUAACUCGGACACCGAAGAUUGGUCGCCGAAAGAGAUAAAAUUGCUUAUAAAUUUCUUUUCGAAGAAUUUCCAUGACAUUACCAAUAACAUUGAUGAUGCUAGUCAUUGGCGUCCCAUUGCUGCAGAAAUAGAUAAGACUACAAACUCUUGUAAGGAUAAAUUCUUGGAAUUGAGAAAGUCAUACAGAAAACUCAAGACCCAAAUUUCCAGGAAUCCCAAUGUGAAAAUCUCAUGGAAAUACUUUAAGAUGUUCGAAGAUAUUUAUAAUUCGAAUCGCGAGGGUGAAAUGGAGGUUGAUGAUAAUCAUGAAGACGAAGAUUACGAAUGUAUCAUAGUCUUACCUGAAGGAGCUGAUAUAUCAGAUAUUGAAAAUUCUCAAAUGAUGAUACAAGAAAACUCUGAAAACGGUGAAAAUGUACAAGAAGAAGAAAAUAUUGCACAAGAAGAAGAAAACAUUGCACAAGAAGAAGAAAACAUUGCACAAGAAGAAGAAGACAUUGUCCAAGAAGAAGAAAACAUUGCCCAAGAAGAAGAAACCAUUAUGCAAGAACAAGAAACUACGGAACCUAUGGAUGUAACUGAACCAACGCAAGAGAACUCUGAAAUGAUUUCAAUAGCCAUAGACAUUCAAGCUAUAUUGGAUGACACCGAUUCACAACCAGCCAUACAAGACACGCCUAAAACAAUAAAGAAGUGGACGAAGAAGUCCAAGAGGCGUUUGUUAAUAUUGUACAUAAAUUAUAUCCGAUCGAACAAAGGAAAAGAGAUCAAUACUAAAGAUAUGUGGCGGGAUAUUGGCAAGAAGCUAGACCGACGUCCAAUAAUAUGCAAGAAAAUGCUGGCUAAACUCAAGAAUAGAUAUCUGAAGAACAAAAGUGAUAGCACAAAAGAUCCUCUCUCUGAUCUACUUGAGAAAUUAAUCAAAUUGAAGCCGAAAUUUGUAAAGAAUAGAGUUUAUAACGACGUCUCCGUACCAGCUGACAAAGUGACGAAGGCGUUGAACUAUUAUUUGCAGUACAUUGAAGAUUUUUCAAAUCCGAAAUUCGACAAACGCUUCCUAUGGACGGAAUUGGCCAAUCACGUUUCUGAACCCGUCCCGAAGAUCAUCAGCAAGAUAAAUUAUUUGAAACAGGCAUAUAAUGACGAUUAUAUAACGGAGGAAAACGCGCAGUUCAUUGAAAUUUUAAAAGAGAUAAUCGCUAAAGAAAUCGCUAUUAAUUUGGUUACAGAGAUAGAAGUGAAAAGUAAUUUAGACUAUACGGAGAGUCCUUGGUCCGAAACAGAUGUAGAACAGCUGUUAGAGUGGUAUUUGAGUAAUCUAGAUAAGUUUAAACACCCGAAAUAUGUGCGCUCGUAUCUAUGGAAGGAGGCUUCGGAAAUUAUGAAACGUAGUCCACUAGAUUGUUCUAGAAAAAUGUCUGAAAUCCGUUCGCAGUACCGUAGUCUGGUGAAGCAGGACGACCCUGAACUGGCCACUUGGAAGUUCCAAGCUUUGUGCCAGAAAAUUUAUGGCACAGGAAAGAAAGGCAAUAAUACUGUGAAUAAUUUAUAAGUUCUCUGGUUUAUUUUUCAUUGUAACAUAUAACAUUAUUUAUUAUGCUAAGUAUUAGUGAUAGUGGAAUAAAUGAUAUUUAAAAAUGUGUUUU